UCGACAGAGGAGGAUCGACAUGGCCAGUGAAGAGAUCGAAACCUCCAAGUUUCUGAAGGAUAGAGAGGCCGGCGGAAAUGAAUCUGAAAAGCAGAAAUAUCCAAUAUCUUCGGAUACCUUAUGUGGUUUCUCAAUAUUCAAGGGGCCCGCCUUACAGAGAUUUGCCACCGCUCAUAUGUUCGUGAUCAUGUACGGAAUAGCUAGUUGCUUUCUGGCCAUGGCCUUCACCUAUUUCACUGGAACCAUUUCACAGAUGGAAAAGCGGUUCAAUAUACCCUCCAAGAUAUCGGGUCUCAUAACGGUGGGUAAUGAUAUAAGCACUGUUUUCUCGUCGGCCUUUUUGAGUUACUACGCGAGUCGAGGUCACCGCCCGCGUUGGGUGGCAUUGGGACUCCUCAUUAUAGCCCUUUUCUGCCUGCUCAUGUUGACCCCGCACUUUUUCUACGGGCCCGGUGAAGAGGCCUUGAGACUGACAGAAGAGUACGGAAUGGAGGAAUCCCUCGAAAAUUCUUCAGUAAAUUCCACUGAGAAGAACGACUCACUUUGUCAUAAGAAGGAUUCGAAUUGUGUAAAUGACGCAGGAGACUAUACGCCGAUCGUACUAUUUUUCAUUGCUCAGUUUAUCGGCGGCAUCGGGUGUUCUCUCUUCUACGCACCGGGUCUCUCAUACAUGGAUGACAAUUCUGCGAGCUCCAAAACGCCGGCUAUGCUAAGUUGGUCCACCUUUCUGCGGAUGCUGGGACCUGCUAUGGGUUUCUCCAUGGUCUCCUUGUGCCUGCGACUUUACAUUGAUCCCUUCAAGACGCCUCUAAUCACCCCGAAUGAUCCCCGCUGGAUGGGUGCCUGGUGGUUGGGAUGGUUCCUCCUAACCUUUAUUCUGAUAAUCUCUGCAUUCUUUGUGGCCCUGUUUCCCAAGGAGUUGCCAAGCGCCAGGGCCAGACGUCUAAAAGCAGCCGGCGAGGAGGAUACCCCUUUGGCGGAGCGCUCAUUCCAGGACAUGUUGGACUCCCUCAAACGACUGGCCGGCAACAAGGUGUAUAUCUACAACAUGCUGGCCUCGAUACUCUACUUCUUUGGCUACAUGCCCUACUGGAUAUUCACGCCGAAGUAUAUAGAGAUCCAGUACCGACAAUCGGCAUCAACUGCCAAUAUGGCCACGGGCACUUGGGCGCUGGGAUUCUCCGCAGCAGGUGUCUUGAUCUCUGGCUAUGUGAUCUCCAAGUACAAGCCGAGUGCCAGGGCAAUGGCUGCCUGGAACUUUGUGGUGGACUACCUCACGGUGGCUGGAAUCCUUUGCUAUAUCCUGGUGGGAUGCGACGAGAGUGAUCGAGCCAAUUCCAUGUCCACUGUGCCGACUGGUGAUAGCUGCAGUGCAUCAUGUGACUGUGAAUACGUGUACCUCGCUUCGGUUUGCAGUCCAGAAAACAUGACCUUUAUAUCAGCCUGCCAUGCGGGUUGCACUGAAAAGGGGCUGGAUGAACUGGGAAGGAUUAUCUACACUGGCUGUCGGUGCAUGGGCAACUCCCUUAACCUGACCUCCUUCUCAAACGUAACAUCUCUUGCCUCCCAGUCGCAGAUCGCCUUGGAUGGAGUUUGUCCGGUGGACUGCAACAAACAGUUCCUCAUCUUCCUGGCCGUCAUGUGCUUCCUGAAGUUCGUGGGGGCCACUGGGAGGUCGAGUAACCUGCUAUUGGCCCUGCGUUGCGUUCCCUCGAAGGAUAAGACCUUUUCCCUGGGCUUCGGCAGUAUGGUAUACUCCGUGCUCACCUUCAUUCCCAGCCCCAUUGUCUUUGGUUGGAUGCUGGACAGCUAUUGCCUAGUUUGGGGUAAGACCUGUACCUCCAAGGGUAACUGCUGGAUAUACGACACAAAGUCCUUGAGGUACACCAUGAACCUCGUGAGUGCCUCUCUGAUUUUUCUGGGCAGCUUCUGGAAUAUUGGAGUUUGGUAUCAUGCGAAGGACAUGAAAGUCUUCGAUGAAGAGGAAACGGCACCACAGAACAAUCCUAUUGAAGCAAUAGAACUUAAGGAAAAACCAAAAGAAAUUGUUACCGAUAAGAAAUAAAA